AUCUCCCCUUCUUUAGCCACUCUCAUCCAUCAUCUCUUUCCUCUGCUCUGCUCGUGUAUAAAAUCUCGUCCCUUUUUCAGCUCAUACGUAUAAAUUAUUCUCGCUUCCCAUUCAAAACCCUGUUUUUUCUCUCCAAAAAGUAUGGGGUUACAAGGCCAGCUGAACGACGUUUCCUCCGAUUCGAUCCCGCUUCUCCUCGUAGCCGCAAUCGCAAAGUGCGUCGGCUAUCUCCGGAGUCUCCUCUUUGGUUUCCUGCACGCGAUUGGGCUUUUCCCUUGCCCGGAACAGCCCACCACCGCCGUCGAAGACGUCGGAAUCAUAGGUUCCGGCCUCGACACCCUCAUGGUACUCGUCGAGCAGCUCAACUUAAACAAGGCUUUCUCCUACGAAUACUGCGGCGGCGGAAAGGGCUCCGAUUGCAUCGUGUGCUUGUGCGGGCUGAGAGACGGGGAACAGGUGAGGGAACUGGAUUGCUGCCAUGUAUUCCAUAAGGAUUGCUUCGAUGGGUGGCUCGAUCAUCUCAAUUUUAACUGCCCGCUUUGUCGAUCCCCUCUGAAAAACGAUGAUCGGAGCUUGAAUUGCACGCGUAUGCGCGUUGGUCAAGAUUUAUUCGCCUGGUUUGCUUUGGCCUGAGAUUUUGGUGACUCGGGAUUUUAGAAACUUUGGUAUCUUCUUUUCUUUUCUUUUCGACAAUUGUUUUUUUUAGGGUUGUUUGGCAUCUUUGACCUUCAACUUUCUUUUUCCAUCUAGGGUUU